GCGUCCGACUCCAUAAAUAUUUUAUGCUCCUCCUCUUCCUCCUCCCAUCGCCCUUCUCUUUCCCUGUUUCUAAAGGUGCCGCCUUUCGUAAAGGUGACGAUGGCCGGCGCCACCAGUCCUUACUCCGGCGUCUGGAAGCCCUAUCGUCCCUACUGGAAGCGCACCAAUUUUUUCCAAUUAAGCGUCGUCACCUUCCUUUGCUCCGUCUCUUACUUUCUUGGCAUCUGGCAGCACGGCGGCGGCGGCUCCACCUCCGUCAUCUCCCCCAUCCUCAGCGCAAUCUCGUGCGAAAGGAACCCUGCCGGAUUAGACUCCAUACACGGCUCCGGCGCCGCCACGCUCGACUUCACCGUCCACCAUGGUGCCGAUCAGGCGGCGGCGGAGCCGGUGGCCGUGCGGGAGGUCCCGGCGUGCGACGUCAAGUACUCGGAGUACACGCCGUGCGAGGACCGGGACCGGUCGCUGCGGUUUGACCGCGACCGGCUAAUCUACCGCGAGCGGCACUGUCCGGAGAAGGGCGAGCUGCUCAAGUGCCUGAUCCCAGCGCCGCCGGGGUACAAGAACCCCUUCCCGUGGCCGGCGAGCAGGGAUAUGGCGUGGUUCUCCAACGUUCCGCACAAGGAGCUGACGGUCGAGAAGGCGGUCCAAAACUGGAUCCAUGUCGACGGCGACAAGUUCCGGUUCCCCGGCGGUGGCACCAUGUUCCCCCACGGCGCCGACGCCUAUAUUGACGACAUCAAUCGCCUCAUCCCUCUUCGUGACGGUUCAAUCAGGACCGCCGUCGAUACCGGUUGCGGGGUGGCGAGUUGGGGAGCUUACCUUCUGUCCCGCAACGUGGUAACAAUGUCGUUCGCGCCGCGGGACUCGCACGAGGCGCAGGUCCAAUUCGCGCUGGAGCGCGGGGUUCCGGCCAUCAUCGGCGUUCUCGCCUCCAUCCGCCUCCCCUACCCAUCGAGGGCCUUCGACAUGGCUCACUGCUCGCGGUGUCUCAUUCCAUGGCAGCUCUACGACGGGCAGUACUUGAUGGAGAUCGACCGCAUUCUCCGCCCCGGCGGCUACUGGAUCCUCUCCGGCCCGCCAAUCCACUGGAAGAAGCACUGGAUCGGCUGGAACCGGACGAAGUCCGACUUGAACUCCGAGCAAUCCGCUAUAGAAGCCGUCGCCACGAGUCUCUGCUGGACCAAGCUCAUAGAGAAAGGCGACAUCGCCAUUUGGCAGAAGCCCAUCAACCACCUCGCCUGCAAAUCCAAUCGCAAGUUCAUGAUCUCGCCUCAGUUCUGCCAAUCCAACAAUCCAGACACCGCCUGGUACACCAAGAUGGAAACUUGCAUAACUCCCCUGCCCGAGGUGGCCAACGUCGACGAGAUCGCCGGCGGAGAGAUCAGGAAGUGGCCGGAGAGGCUCACAGCCGUGCCCCCCAGGAUCGCAACCGGAAGUCUUCCAGGAAUCACGCCGGAAAUGUUCUUGCAAGACACCGAGCUAUGGAAGAAGAGGGUCGGGUACUACAAGUCAGUGGUCAGCCAAUUAGGCCAGCAGGGUCGAUACCGCAAUUUGCUGGACAUGAAUGCCCACCUGGGUGGCUUCGCUGCCGCCCUCAUUGACAAUCCUCUUUGGGUCAUGAACACGGUCCCAACCCUCGCCGAUCCCAACACCCUCGGAGCCAUCUACCAGCGCGGCCUCAUCGGCACCUACCAAGAUUGGUGCCAAGCGAUGUCAACGUAUCCAAGAACUUACGAUCUCAUCCAUGCCGAUUCAGUGUUCAGCCUUUACAAGGAAAGAUGCGAAACGGAGGACAUUUUAUUGGAGAUGGAUAGGAUCUUGAGGCCCGAAGGCGCAGUGAUCAUGAGAGACGACGUCGACAUCCUAGUGAAGGUAAAAAGUAUCUCCGACGGCAUGAGAUGGGAGAGUCGAAUCAUCGAUCACGAAGAUGGCCCGCUGGAGAGGGAGAAGAUCCUUUUGGCUGUGAAGACCUACUGGACAGCUCCGGAGCCAAGCCAAUCAGAGUAGCGUAGAUCAUCCAUCAUCAUGUAACCUUUAAUUAUAUUGUUCUUGCAUUUUUGUUGCAUUUUUUUUUUCCUUUUUUUGAAUUGAACAUUGGAGUAGGGCAGGCACAUGUACUUAGCAAGUUCGAUACAGAUGAUGACAGGAUAGCUAUUAGCUAGCAGAUUGGAUGAGGUUUUCUGUGAGAGUCCUGAUUAAUUGUUUCAUGUUCCUUCCUCGUUGAGUGUACUUUGUAACUUCGUUCACUAUUAAAAAUAAAAAAGGACUGUGCAAUAAAAGUUCCUUCUUUUUCUCGUUA